AUGGAUUCGUUACAAAAAACCUCUCUGCUUGAAUUCAAUAAUGAUACACUUCAAAUCAUUCGUAAGGAUUAUAAUUUGGACAAGCCAGGAAGUAUGGAUCAAGCUAUCAACAUUUUACAUGAAUGGGUGAAAAAACAAAAUCAUUUUGUGAAAACAGAUUAUCCCAGAGAGUAUUUGGAAAGAAGAAUAAUAUUCAGCAAGGGUUCAGUGGAGCGUGCAAAGUCAACAAUAGACAGAAAUUGCACUCUUAAGACAUUGAUGCCUCAGUUCUACGAUUUUACAGAUUUUAAGACUCAAUACAAGUAUUCGGACAUUAUAUGGGAUGGGUUAUUACCUAAGAUGACUGACGACUAUUACAGGAUUUACGUGAUAAAAAAUGUUGGAAAACGAUUUGACCAUAGUAUGAUGAGUUAUUUUCAAUGGGUCAUUGCGAUGGCAGAAUACUUCACUGCGCAUGAUUAUAACCGAGGUUUAAUAAUAAUUAUAGACUAUUUGGAGACCAAUCUUAUGGAACUUUUAAAGACAAUUGACUUUGUAGAAUUCCGACAAGCUCUUACAUUAUUAAUGGAAGGCUAUGGAUUAAGGAUUAAAGGUAUACAUUUAAUUACUUCCUCAAAAGCCGUAGAAGCAAUUGUGUCAUUUUUGAAACAAAUUCUCAGUGCAAAAGUAGGUCAACGCAUUCAAGUACACAAGGAUUUGCAAUCACUGCACACAAUUGUCCAAAAAGAUGUGCUACCAAUAGAGCUAGGAGGGAAGGGUAGAUCUAUUGCUCAAUUACACAAAGAAUGGAUAGAUGUUUUGAGUUCAAAGGAGUUUCAAGAAUAUAACAAUAAAAUGAAAGCUGCAUGUACAAACGAAAAGUACAGACAGACUGAUAAAUUUAACGACGAGUAUAUGGGAGUAGCAGGCACAUUUAAAACAUUAAAUGUAGAUUAA